ACGCGCAGCAGCAGCUCUGCACACAGCAGCAGGACACGCACUACCGGGCCCUGCAGCCCGCGCGGAGCGGGACACGGACUCACCCGGCACCGCUGCUGCUGCUGCUCGGGCCAGCAGAGCCCGCGGACCGGCCGGGGCUGCCGGAAGGCCCCGGCGCGUCCAUGUAGCAUGCGCGAACCCGGGCCUACGCGAGGCGAGUCAAGAGAGGCCUGCGAGGAAGCAGCGCUCCACCAGGGCCCAGCCCCGGAGGGAUGCGGGUACUUCCCCGGAGCCCAGCGCGGCCGCUCCGGGCGCCGGUCCCCGCCGCUGCCGCGGCCCCUCCACCCCAAGCCCGCGCCCUUGUUUACCUGCCAGGCCGCGCCGCCGCCGGGACCGCACCGCGCGACGUCACAGCGAGCGACGGCGCUGCCGGGGGCGGUGCCACGCCGUCACCAUAGCAACCGGCUCCGCCCCCGGUACGCAGCGGGUGGAGCCACGGAGAGGCAGGCGCGUAAGAAGCAGCGCGGCUGAGCCAAUGGGCUGCGGAGCGUUAGUCGAAGCAGCCAAUGGGCGAUGCGCAGGCGGUUUAAAAGGUGGCGGUUCGGCAGUGCGGGCUGUCUGUGGCUCGAUUCGGCCUUUGCGUGACCUGGAGCGGGUCUGAGCCUCCUCGGUGCGGGUGCUGCUGCGCUGGGACCUGCCGGGGGUGCCUGAGAGUGUCUCAUCAGCCUGAAGAUGUCAACUCUGAUCUUUAUUGAUCAGGAGAAUGGUGAAGUUGGUGCUACUAAGAAUCGACUAAGACUCCCUUCAGGAUCAUCAAAAGUCUUAUCUGAAAGAACACAAGUUAACACUCCACUUCCCAAAAAAACAAUUGGUACAUCUCCUGCCACAUCUCGCUCUGUCAGAAAGGCUCUUGGAAAUGUGAAUAGAACUCAAGAAGUCACAAGCAAGUCGGAAAAGAUAAGACAGAAAAGUCAGCCUUGCACUGCAAACAAAGUCACUGAGAAGACUGCUGGUUUAGAAAGCUGUGGUGUGGUGGCUGAAGAAGAGUGGCCAGAAAUAGAAAAUAUGUUUCCUUUUGAUCCUCGAGACUUUGAGAGUUUUGAUCUUCCUGAAGAGCACAAACUAAGCAAUAUCAACCUGCAUGGUGUUCCCCUCAUGGUAUUUGAAAGGACAUAUGACAAAUGUGUGAACAUGGUUCCUUCACCUGUGAAGAUGGAAGAGGUUUCAUGGGAGUCUAACUUGCUACAAUCAACUGCUGACUUCCUUGCUACCCUGGAUGAGAUCAUUGACAUGCCACCUCCAAAUUAUGACAUUUAAUGCAUAUUCUGAAGCUUCUAUUGAAUUCAGAUUUCAUAGUUCUGUAUUUUUAAAUAAAAGUUAAACCUGUAUAAUA